AUUUUUCCCGCUUAUUCCUUCGGCUAAAGUUAAUUAAAGGAAUGACUAUAGAGUCACUAACUUAAAAGUUUCGAUGAAAAGAGGAGAAGGAGAAGAGCGAAGUCUUCGAAUGUGAAGAAUAUUAAGUUAAAGCUUUUACCGGCUAUCAAACAGCUUUCUUCUUCAAAACCGUUUUCCUCAAACCAUUUUGCAAGCUCUUCGCUUGUCCAUUCUACUCAUAAAAACAACAAAAAAGGAGAAUUAAAACACGCAAUUAGUAAAACCAGAAAAAGUUAUAUUCCAAUCUCCAAUCAAAAUUAAAACUUCAUUCAGUUCGAGGUGUUCRACAACUUUUCCGACAAGACAGAGUUGGACUCGAGAAAGGAUUUAAAAAAAAAUCCAUUUCUCGAGUCUAUUGUCAUCAAAAUUCCUUAAAAUUACCUUCAACUUUCUUUGUUCCCGACAUUGCUACGUUCCUAAAGGGUAGUUUGUGUAAAAUUCCUGAAAGAUUUUCCACUUGAAAGAAGACGAAAAAAACCCGACGAAAGUACUACUUGCAGUUCAACGAACUUCCCGCCAAAAGAAGUACGCAUGCGCAAGACCACAGGCAGCCCAACUUAGACUAUUGAAGGCUUUGACGACACAGGAAACCCAACGAUUCUUCGCUUUGUAAUCAAAAUGGCGUCUAACAACGAUCCAAUUUCGAUUUKCUGGUGUGGAUGUUCAGAAAUCAGUAAAACAGAAUGUGAACAAGGCCACGUUCAUUGUCCGUGCGAAGUAUGCAACGGAGAACCGGUGAAUAGAAUGAAGGCAUGGAGGCAUGCACAGCGRUCUAAAAUAGCAGAGAUAUCAGAUAAUCUUCAUUCUUCCAUUGUGACCAGUGAAGAAAACUCAAGUGCAAGUGGUUUCUGUUCAGAAUCUAUGUGUAACRUAUCAAAUAACGCGUGUGCUUUUGAUAGAGAUAGCAUAUCGUGUGCUUCCGAUGCAGAAACAACUGAAAGCUACGCUUUUGACGAUAACCCAAACAUGGAAGAAGUCGAAGAAAUGAUUKAUGUACCUGGGGAAGAAUCUAACGAGGUUCGCGAAUUUAUACGAGAAACAAUUUUGAAACUUGUUGACAUCAAGACAAAGAGUGGGUUUUCUAUCAAAACAAUGGAGGACUUGUUGGAAUGGGGCAAAGAAAUAUUUUCCAAAAACAACAAUGAAACMCAUGACACAUGGCCAUCAUCUUGGGAACACGUUCUUCAUAUUUUGRAAGAAAUCGGUUUUAAUAAUCCAAAACUAUACUUUAUAUGUCUUAACUCUGAUCAUCCAUGUGUUUUUGGUCUCAUGGAAUCGAAAAGGGAUCCAUGUCCGCAUUGUGGGAAUCCUGGAAAUAUCCCAUAUUAUUAUCUAAGUGUGUUAGACAAAGUGAAGCGAUGGUUUACAUCACAAAAAAUGUGUGAGAAGAUGAGUGCACAUUGGAAAGAAAAGGAACACUGGUUGUCAGAUGAAAACAGAGAAAACUGGGGCUAUCCAUUGAAGAAAGAGAUAUGGGAUGGGAAGCAGUUUGCUCGACUCCAGUACUUUUGGAAUCCCAAUUGUGAGUGGAUACUUCCAGUUAUGUGUCCUGUUGAUGGUUGUGGGAGAAUCAUUUCUUCUGAAAUGAUUUUGAAUUCCCCUCUGGUAGGCGGUAAUCAAGAUAAAAGGCAAAUAACAUGUCCACGUUGCUACAAUGAAUUUGAACACGAAGUGAAGAAAACUAGGGGUGAUCCUAGAAAUCUGGCAUAUGAUGUCCAUUGGGAUGGCUGGCAGCCAUUCUCAUCAGGCAAACGUGGUUCAGGUGCAAUUGAAUUACAAGUUGUAAAUAUGUCAAAGGAAGAUAGAUSUUCAGUUGAAGAAGUAUAUGUGAUAGGAUUUGUGCCCACGUAUCUACUACCUAAUAAAUGUCCAAUUUUCUUGGAUYCAUUMUUGGAACCCUUGAUUAUAGACAUUGAAACAGGCUUCAUCAAAGGAAUAGAUGUUAAUUGUUCUGUGCCAAUGUGUKGUAAACCYKAAGGCCCUGCAAUAAUCAGGCAUUUGWUCCUUUGCUUUUCURGGGAUCACAAUGGAAUUUGUGAAGCAGGAAAAUUUGUUAAGAUGGGAAAAUGUGCUUGUAGAAGAUGUUGUUUGUUGGAGAGCAUUUAUAUACCAGAGCGAUGUCAUUAUUAUUACACGAAUUUCAGGAAACAAGGUAGAUUUCCUGCAGAAAAGAAAAGUAUUCUGGACAGCCUUGAUAUAAUUGAUGAAAUAGAUGCAGAAGAAAGAGUCUCAGUUAGAAAAGAAAUGGCUAGGGACAGUGGCUACACUGGAUUGUCAAUCCUUCACAGACUGCAUCCAUUAUAUGGAUUUCUCUAUGAUGAACACAUGUUAUUUGAUGAAAUGCAUACAUUUUCUCUUAAUAUUGUCAAGUCUGYACUUCUAGAUCUCCUUGAUGAUGAGGAUAGCAGUAUUGACUGGAAUGUUGUCGAGGAAAGACUUAAUAAUAUGCCAUGGACUACUGAAUUUAAGUCUUCAAGAUACCCCAAAAACUUCAUCAAAUCUGUUAGAUCCUGGAAGGCAGAGGAGUUUUUGAUUUUUGCUUAUCCUACUUCAGAAGUGGUCUUUGAUGGGCUGCUUUCAGAUCAACAAAGGGAAGAGUGGAUGUGUAUUGCACGCAUGAUUGAAUUUAUCAAAAAUCAUGCUAGAAAUGGAUGGACAAAGGAAAAUUGUGACACAUUUCAUGCAAUGUGCUUGAGAUAUGCUGUCCUGUUAGAAGAACGACGGGGAGCACAUAAGUGUGUUAUCAUUCUGCAUAAUUUGCUUCAUCUUAAAGAAGACAUUCUUAAUUUUGGUGGCCUUGAUAAUUACUCUUGCUGGACAAAAGAGCGUGCUGUUCGCAGAUACAUCUCUCAAAGUAGCAAUUGCAAAAAUAUCGAAGCAACUUUUGCAAAUACAGAGGUUCGACGUGAAUGUCUGAAGAUUAAAGAGGAAAACAAAACUACUGCUGUAUUAAACUAUGAAAGAGUAGAUUCAGCUAAGGUUUGGGGGAAAACCAUAAAUGAUGCUAAGGAACUCCACAAGGCAAACCCCACAAUUGACCAUAGAGGCAAUGGGAUUUUAGUUGGAGCCUCAAAGAACUAUCUGCUCUCAGAUACAAAUAGAAAGCUUGUUGCUGCUAGUUGCAGGGUUCAGGAGGAUCUUGUAGAUGAACUUAUAACAGUAUACCGAAGCAUUUGGAAGCCAAAGCAUCAAUACAAUGGCCUUCUGUAUAGGACAAAUGAGAACAUUGUAACAACAUCKUAUGGAGAAUCUGUAGUUGUUCUAAAAGAAAUCUUCGUAGCUGAAGUUGAUGGUGMAUUAAAACAUUUGUGCAAGUGUGAGUCCUAUGAGCAUGUAGGUUUCAGUGAUCUUGGUGCAAAACUAGUUCAGAAGAGAAAUAACGAAAUAAUGGUUAGCCCACUGUCUACAAUAAGUAGAAAAAUAAUGUUAGCAAAGUAUGKUGAUGUCAAUGGAAUUCCCACCUUCAUUGUUGUGGACUUUAUGAGAAGAAUUUUCCCAAUCGGAGCCGAUUCUGUUGUUGUUCCUUAUUACCCAGUAGCAAAUGAUAUGGUAUUGGUCAUGGGCAACCAGCCUGAUACCCUAUGGAGAGCUCGCGUCGUGUCAUAUAAYAUCCCUCRAAAAGUGGUCAAAGSGCAGUUUUUCAUUGAGCAGGCAGAUAGACUAUGGAUCCCAGAGGYAACAASGCAUCAAGAAAUMAAUUUUGAUAGCAUCAUGGGACUUUCUAAUGGAACAUGGCAACGACAGUUUUCGCAAUGGGUAGAACUCCAAUAGACAUCAAUACCAAGUCAGCUUGGCAAUUUUACUGGUAUAUUAAUCAUAAAAUAGUAUCUUUUAAGUAGGUUUGGUAUUUUAUUGGUAUUUCAUUGGGAUACUAUUCAUAAGAUACCAAUCAUGUUCCAUUGAUCUCCCAAUGUUGGAGUAUCUCUAAAGUAGGCUUGGUAUAUUAUUGGUAUAUUAUUGAUAAGAUACCAAUCAUAUUCCAUUAAUCUCCCAAUGUAGGUGUAUCUAUAAAGUAGGCUUGGUAUUUUAUUGGGAUAUUAUUGGGAUAUUAUUGUAAGAUACCAAUCAUGUUCCAUUGAUCUUCCAGUAUUUGAGACCCAAAAAGGUCAGCUUGGUAUUUUAUUGGGGAAUUAUUGGUACAUCAUUGGAAUAUGAUUGAUUUCCCAACAUUGGUAAUCUAAAAUUCCGAAGAUUACCAAUGAUUAUCCAACUUGGAAUCUCAUAUUUUUC